GUCGGUCUACGAGGAGCGGAAAAACGGUGUUACAAUCGGGGGAAAUUCGCCUGGUCGCUGGACGAGCGGGAAAAACGAUGCCUUUCGAGCGCCCGUCGCCCCCAUGAGACGGUCCGGCUCGCAGCCCCACAUGGUGUCGCGACGCGAGAACUCCUUCAAGAAGACGCCGCCGGCGUCGCGCGGCCUCAGCCCCGUCCGCAACGGCGCCAGGAAGGGCGCCAGCCCGGACAGGAGGCGGUUCGAGGCCAAGGAGGCGAGGUCCAGGGGCGCCAGCCCCGCCAAAAGUCUGCCCACUUCGCGCGGCAGCGAAACUGGAAGCGUCGAAAGAUUAGAUGAAGACAACAAUUUCCAAAGGAUAAUCACCAAGUACAGUGAAGCAGAAGACAAUAUCAAUGUAGUAGUAAGAGUACGCCCGCUGAGCGACAAGGAAAUAAAAAAUGGCGAGGAAUCGGUCAUCCAGUUCCCCGGCAACGGUCAAAUAAUGGUGGACGGUAUACCGGGAGGUCCAGGCGGCGGCCAGAAGCCCAAACUCUUCUCCUACAACGUGGUGUUCGAGCCCGCGGCCACCCAAGAAGACGUCCUCCAGUUCUCCGGCAUGAAGCGCCUCAUCGAAAUGGCCGUCGAAGGCUUCAGGUGCACCUGCUUCUGCUACGGACAAACCGGCAGCGGGAAGACCCACACCCUCACCGGUCCACCAAAACUCUUCGGUUUGAAGACGGCGCCGUACAGCGACAAGCACGGGCUGGUGUUCAGGUCCUUCAUGUACCUGUUCCAGCUCAUCCAGCAGCAGCCGGACGUGCACUUCGUCCUGAAGGCCAGCUUCCUGGAGAUCUACAACGAGAAGGUGAUCGAUUUGCUGAAUCCCGGCGGGGCGAGGAAGCCGCUGGCGGUGCGGUGGAGCAAGAAGGCGCGCGGCUUCUUCGUGGAGAACCUGUUUUCGGUGGAUUGCGAGGAGUUCGACGAUUUGCUGGCGGUGCUGGAGGAGGGCAUGAGGAACCGAUCGGUGGGGAGGCACAACAUGAACGACUACUCCAGCCGGAGUCAUACCAUUUUGAGCGUGCAUAUAACGUCCGAGCAGCCGGCGGAAGAUGGCGUGUUCAUUUCCCGUUCGGGUAAAAUUAAUUUCGUGGAUUUGGCCGGCAGCGAAAUGACCAAGAAGACCCAAAGCGAAGGGAAGACGCUGGAAGAAGCCAAUAACAUUAACAAAAGUUUAAUGGUGCUCGGUUACUGCAUAUCGUCGCUGAGCGACGCGAAGCGCACCAAAGGGCACAUUCCUUACAGGGAUUCCAAAUUGACCAAGCUCCUGGCCGAUUCGCUCGCUGGUAAUGGCGUAACGUUAAUGAUAGCCUGCAUUUCGCCGGCUAAAUCGAACAUACACGAGACGUUGAACACGCUUCGAUAUGCGGCCAGAGCGAAGAAAAUCCGCACCAAACCUAUAGUGGUUAUGGACCCGCGCGAGGCGUUAAUUUUGAACUUGAAAAGAGAAGUGACGACUUUGCAAAGCGAAAACCACCAUCUGAGGUCGGCGUUGAACGCUUACUCGGGCUCCAAUUUGAGCGACAAUUCGUCAGAGAGGAGAUUGCUGGAAACCCCACCGCACGUGAACCUCGAUGAACUGGCCAAUUUGGAGGGGCCCGAACUGGCGGACCUCGUCAGAUUGUACAUGAAAGAAAACGAAGCCUUGAGAAGAGACAACGCGGAAUUGUUCGUUUCCAGGGACAUCCUGCAAAGGGACCACGAGGUCGUUUGCAGGGAGAACGAGCGAUUGCUGAAGAAACUAGAGGAAGUCAAUUCAAUAUGUUGCAGCUCCCCUCUGAUUCCAGCUAGACCGGCGUACUCGGCCGACGUCGCCAACGGCGACAUUUGGACGAAUACCGCCGGCGAAAAGCACCCUGUGAUUCCCGAAUCGAUACGAAAAGAGCUGGACAAAAGGCAAAUUGGUAACAGCGCGCAAACCAAAGGCCAUCGAAGGUACAAUUCGCUGGAGGACAAAGCGAGCAGCAAACCCAGGCCUUUGCAAACGAAUCUGGCCGAAGACGACGACAGCAAAAGGUUUGUUGCAGAUAACAACAACAGCGAGGCCCAAAGGAGGUACUCGGUGGCGAAUAAAGAAUCGCAGCAGAGCCAUUCUGAUGUAUUCGGUAGUUCGAUUUCCCUCAACGACGAAGACGAAGUUAAUUAAGCACCUAAAACGUUGGUUGAUCUAGUGCGUGAAGAUUUUUUAGCAGAGAGUUGUAAAUAAUUGUAUUGUAAAUGAGAGUUGAAUAUAUUUUGCAAG